GGGGAGUAUUAUUUAAGAGUUAAGACAGUUCUAUCGCACGAGUAUCAUCCUUCUCAGGCGGCCUAAACCCUUCAACAGUUCCACCCGGCAGCGCAAUUCCAACCCUUCUGUGCCGCGCUUCUAUGAACCUCUUUAGAUGAAAACUCACCGAAUUGCUCGAAACAUGAGACGGUUCUCUAGACCGAGCCUCCAAUGCUUCGCACACGGGCAUUGUGAAGAAGUUUCCAGGAACGGAUUUCCGACUGGUCAUUUUCAUACCCUGCGAUCUCUUUACACAAAUCCCUCUUUUUGGAGAACCAGCUUCAGAAACUCAGCCACACGAUCCUUAAUCAGCUCAAGUUAUACGACUUCAGCUCCGGAAACAAAGCCCGCUCCGUCCGAUACAGUGCUGGGCAUUGUCGAUGAGAUUUCGGGUCUCACUCUACUCGAAGUCUCCGAUUUGGUCGAGACACUGAGGAAGAAGAUGGGAAUUGAUGAGAUGCCCGUAAUGGCGAUAAUGAUGCCCGGAAUGGGUUUUAGUGCUGGAGGUAUGAGGGGAAAGGGUUCCGGAGCCGCAGCCAAGGCAGAGGAGAAGGUGGAGAAGACGGUCUUCGAUUUGAAACUUGAGGCCGGGUUUGAUGCUGGGGCGAAAAUCAAAAUUAUUAAGGAAGUUAGGUCUUUCACCGACCUUGGAUUGAAAGAAGCCAAAGAGUUGGUUGAAAAGGCUCCUGCAGUUUUGAGGAAGGGGGUUGCUAAAGACGAGGCUGAGAAGAUCAUUGAGAAGAUGAAGGGGGUUGGUGCGAAAAUCACCAUGGAGUGAGCUAGCUUUCACAAUUGGAGAGCAUAAUGCUUAUGCUGGAUAUAGUCUACAGAUUGACAUUUGGGUGAUGAGGUGAUCGUUACUGGGGUCUGGGAGCACACUUUAGUGAUAGAAUGAACUUUUACUGAUAUAGAACUUUCUCCACAUCAUCUCUCUUGUUUUCAUCCAUUAAUGAAUAAUACUAGAGGCCAGCUGCAUUGAAAAGCUCUUGGUUGGAGGAUUAUUUCCAGAUGAAUGCAGUGAACUCCAUGUCCAUGUGCUAUCUUAUCAUUGCUUCUGCUUAACACACUUCCGCAGCUGUUUGGACUUCAUUCUCAAUUCUCAUGACAGGGUUCGAUGGAAUAUUCCCUUCUUUUGCUGACUUGUAUGUUAGUUACAGUUCAUACUGUCUUCUAAAUUUUCAUUUAUUCUUUCAAUAUGUUUAUCAUGUAUCAAUUCAUGUUAGCCGACCCCAAAAUCUUUUGGGACUAAGGCUUGGAUGUUGAUGUUGAUUCUUUCAAUAUGUUCAUCUUAAGUGCGUUUGGUGGUAACAUGCCAAUGUCCCUCUUUUCCUGUAUUUUAUAAUCUAGAAUUCUAGAUUAAACACUUCCAUGCGAGGGGACAUUCUUCCAAGUUAUUUUCCUUCAAAAGUUCAUGUAUCAUUUGCAUCAUCAAAUUCAUAGUUGAAC